AUGGGGCUGCCGAGGGGCUGCCCGGCCCUGCUGAGCCUCCUGCUGCUGCUCCAGGCUGGGACGCGGCGGUGCGACGAGGCCGGGCGCUGCCAGCCCRGCUUCACCGCCGACACCUUCACCCUGGUUGUGCCGCUGGGCAGCGUGGAGGCGGGCAGAGCGCUGGGCAGAGUGACCUUCGCAGAGUGCGCCGGGCCGCGGCGCGCGCCCAUCCUGGCGGACGACUCGCGCUUCCGGGUGCGCGUGGACGGCGUCAUCGUGGCGAAGCGGCCGCUGCAGCUCCACGGGCGCCACGUCACCUUCUCCGUGCACGYCUGGGACGCGGCGGGCGGCCGGCACUCGGCCCGCGUCACCGUGGGCGCGCGCGGGCAGCGGCGGCGGCAGGCUCCGGACGCGGCGCCCGCCGUGCUGCUCUUCCCUGAGCCCGGCCACGGCCUCCGGAGGCAGAAGAGGGACUGGGUCAUCCCGCCCAUCAACUGCCCGGAGAACGAGCGCGGGCCCUUCCCCAAGAACCUCGUGCAGAUCAAGUCCAACAAGGACAAGGAGASCAAGGUUUUCUACAGCAUCACGGGGCAGGGGGCGGACACCCCCCCCGUGGGCGUCUUCACCAUCGAGCGGGAGACGGGGUGGCUGAAGGUGACGAAGYCGCUGGACAGGGAGGAGAUCAGCAGAUACGUGCUCUUCUCCCACGCCGUGUCGGCCAACGGGCAGCCCGUGGAGGACCCCAUGGAGAUCAUCAUCACCGUGACCGACCAGAACGACAACCGGCCCGUGUUCGUCAAGCAGGUCUUCAUCGGCUACAUCGAGGAGGGCGCCAAGCCAGGCACCUCCGUGAUGACGGUGAACGCCACGGACGCGGACGACAGCAUCAACGCGGACAACGGCAUCGUGCACUACUCCAUCCUCAGCCAGGAGCCGCCGCACCAGAUGUUCACCAUCGACCCCGUGAAGGGCGUUAUCAGCGUCAUCGCCACCGGGCUGGACAGGGAGAGCACUCCCAACUACACCCUGAUCAUCCAGGCAGCCGAUCAGGAGGGCAAGGGCCUGACCAACACGGCUACGGCCAUCAUCGAAGUGACCGACGCCAACGACAACACCCCCAUCUUCGACCCCAACAUGUAUGAGGGGACAGUGGAGGAGAACCAGGUUGGGGCGGUGGUGGCCCGCCUCACCGUGAGGGACGCGGACGUGCACGGCUCCCCUGCCUGGAGAGCCGUCUACCACAUCAGGAGCGGGGACCCCAACGGCGACUUCAGCAUCAGCACCGACCCCAAGACCAACAACGGCAUCCUCAAGACGGCCAAGGGCCUGGAUUACGAGUUGAAGAACCGGUACGAGCUCGUGGUAGGGGUGGAGAAUGAAGUGCCCCUGACCGUGUCGCUCCCCACGUCCACGGCCAGCGUGCUGGUCAUAGUCAGGGACAUGAACGAAGCGCCCGUCUUCGUGCCGCCCAUCAAGAGGGUGGAGGUGCCAGAGGAUUUGCCCGUGGGGCAGGAGGUCGCGUCCUACACGGCGCAGGACCCCGACAAGCAACAGAGGCAGAAAAUCACGUACCGCAUGGGCAGCGACCCCGCGGGGUGGCUGGCCAUCGACCCCGAGAACGGCAUCAUCACGGCCACACAGGCCCUGGACCGCGAGUCGGCGCACGCGCUCAACAGCACCUACAAGGCCAUCGUGCUGGCCGUGGACAACGGGCUGCCGGAUGCCACCGGCACGGGGACGCUGCUCCUCGUGCUGCAGGACGUCAACGACAACGGGCCCAUGCCCGAGCCCCGCUUCUUCGACAUCUGCAACCGGCAGCCCGAGGAGCAGCUGCUGACCAUCGUGGACAAGGACCUGCCCCCCAACACCUACCCCUUCCAGGUGGGGCUGGAGCACGGCUCAGGAACCAACUGGACCGUCAGGAUGGCCGGCCAAGACCAGCUGGCCCUCAGGCUGGUGAAGGAGCUGGAGCCGGGCGAGUACAGCGUCUUCCUGCGGCUGAGCGACAGCCAGGGCAAGGCGCAGGUGACCUUGGUGAAGGCCCAGGUGUGCGAGUGCGAGGGCGCYGCCAAGAACUGCGAGCGGCGAGCGUUCGUGGCCGGCGGGCUGGGCGUCCCCGCCAUCCUGGGCAUCCUGGGCGGCAUCCUGGCGCUGCUCAUCCUGCUGCUGCUGCUGCUGCUCUUCGUCCGGAGGAGGAAGGUGGUGAAGGAGCCGCUGCUGCCGCCCGAGGACGACAUGCGGGACAACGUGUAUCACUACGACGAGGAGGGCGGCGGCGAGGAGGACCAGGACUACGACCUGAGCCAGCUGCACCGGGGGCUGGACGCCCGCCCCGAGGUCACCCGCAACGACGUGGCGCCCCCCCUGAACGCGGCGCCCCAGUACCGGCCGCGUCCCGCCAACCCCGACGAGAUCGGCACCUUCAUCGACGAGAACCUGCAGGCGGCCGACACGGACCCCACGGCCCCCCCCUACGACUCGCUGCUCGUCUUCGACUACGAGGGCAGCGGCUCGGAGGCCGCCUCGCUCAGCUCGCUCGGCUCGUCCGCCUCCGACCGCGACCAGGACUACGACUACCUGCACGAGUGGGGCGGCCGCUUCAGGAAGCUGGCCGAGCUCUACGGCGGCGGCCAGGACGACGACUAGAGCCCCCCGGCGCCGCCCGCCUCAUUUCAGCCCCCUCGGACCCAGGC